GUUUGAACCGAACGAGAGUUGAAAGACUUUGAAUUCCAGCUGCAAUAGUGUCGUCAAUGCAUUGGGAGCCACUGACUAUUCUGCUCAGUGCUUUGUUUCGGAGCUCGGUCGUUCCUGUGGAGUUUGACUCCAAGAGCACGAGAUGGACUUGUGUUGGUAUAAGAAAGUGCGGUACAGGACUCUAGAAACACUCGAAGAUCUUAAAGUUCAGUUCUGAUCCACUUAAGCCAUUACCACAGGAUUCUCCUUCGCCAUUUUGAUUACGGGAGUGAGUUACUGCAAUCGCCCGUCUGCAGACCGCUGGGAUCGACCUCCACAUUUUUCCAUCGGCGCAAGGCCUGGCUUUCAACUCUUGAGGGCCGAACAGACCAUCGCACGUCGAUUUGCGGCCAGCGCAGUCUGCAAAGUCAAUCGCCAUUUCACAUUCGGAGCUUCACAUUUCUGCGACGGCCUCGGCAAUUCGACCAGCGUAAUCGCGUAAUCUGCCAUGGAUUUUCCGUAAUGAGGAAUUGGUGCCGGAGUCUCAACGGGGGAAGAUUGCAGCAGAGUAGGAAGAAGGCGGCAAAGACCAUCGUGAAUCGAGCGACUCUCGAGGUUAGAAAAGUUCGAGGGUCAGGAGUGGCGAGCAGUCAGCAGGAGAAGCCGUCGGUGCGCCAGAUUCAUGUAAACACGGCCAGAAGCGAUAGCGAGAGAUGGAUCGACUGCUCAUCUUGGACCCGCAGGAUCUAACCAUGCGAUUCGAGGUGGGCAAGAAGGCCGUGGGCAUGGUACAGCUGACCAAUGUCAUGCACACGAUGCCCGUGGCGUACAAGAUUCAGACCUCGGUGCCAAGAAAAUACAGCUUCAAGCCGCCGCACGCCAUCAUCCCGCCGCUGGGCAAAGUCACGAUCGAGAUCGCCAUGAACGCGCAGAACGAGCUCCCGGAGUGCUUCCCGCAGUGCAGCGACAAGUUCACCGUGAAGAGCGUGGUGGUGCCGUCGACUGGUUCACCGCCCGACGGAAGGCGGUGUUCAGCGACACGAGGCUCCGCGUGGUUCUGCUCGGAGGCGGCAUUCUGCGCGCCUUGGUGAGCAGGGCCGCCAUCGAGCAGAUGCGCGAGGUUCUCGACCUCGACCCAGCGGUUAUCGACGCCCGGAGCCACCGACGAGCGCGGAUGCACCGCCAUGCACGUUGCCGUGGCCAUGAAGCGCCCGGAGCUGGUGCAGAUUCUGCUCGAGUACAAGGCCAAUUUGGAGCUCGGCAACAAGACCGGGCCAGAGCGCGCUGCAGCUCGCCGCGCAGGCGGGCGAGGCGCUCAUCACCGAGCUCCUGCUGGCCAACGGGGCCGCGACCGAAUCCGCCUAUGCCUUCGGCUGGACGGCGCUCCACUGCGCGACCGUCAAAGGCCAUUGCGCGGUGAUGCGGCUGCUGCUCGACGGGCAUGCGAACAUCGACGCGCACACCCAUUCACAUGGCCGUGGCCGAGGGCCACAAGCACUGCGUCCAUCUGCUGCUCGAGAAGCACUGCAAUGUGGACGCCCGGAGCGCGGAUGGCGGCACCGCGCUGCACACGGCCUCCGCCCGGGGCCACGUCGCUCUUGUCAAGCUGCUGCUGGACCGGGGCGCCAAUACAGACGUGCGGAAUUCCCGAGACCGCACUCCUUUCGACGAUGCCGCCGACGCUGGCCACACGCUUCUGUUCGAUGUGCUUUUGCUGGGCGAUGCUCUCCGACACGCUGCGCGCAGAGGCGAGCUCAACUCGGUGCAGAAGUGCGUGCAUGAGGGUGCGGUGGUGGACGGCGACGAUCAGUACGGGUGGACUGCGCUCCAUCGAGCAGCCUUCAAGGGGCGGCUCGAUGUGGUGAAGUUUCUGAUCGAGAAUGGCGCGGACUUGAAGCUCAAGGACGAGGAAGGUUACACUGCUCUGCACAUGGCUGUGGAGUCGGGGCACAAGGAGGUUGUCCAUUUGCUCGUCUCCAAGGGUGCCUACGUGAACGAGAAGACCAAGAAGGGACUGACCGCCCUACAGCUUGCCACGGCCAUGAAAUACGUGGGCAUCGUCCGAAUUCUCCUCGAGGGUGGAGCCAGCAGGAAUGCCUCGAUCGAUCCCGACAGAUGGAGACCUGUGGAACUCACCAACGACAGCUCCAAGGGCAGCUUUGGCGAGAGAUAUUUCUGCAGUUCAGGACUUCGUUCGGAAGUUCACUAAGUCUGGGGCUGUGCAGCAGCCGCUUGGCUCCUAUUCUAAGAAACGAGCGCCGAAGCUCAACUUGGAUUCUGACAUCAGCUCCUACAGCACGUAUGCUGCCUACGCUUAGCGAAAACAACGGGGUCGAUACGGAGGAAUUAAUUUCUGUUGACAGAGGAAACAGAACAUCUAAAUCCCCUCCACCCAUGUGUACAAAUUUACCAAGGUUUUUGAUAGGCGGGCAGGCAGUGUGGAUAACAAUUUUUACAAAUUGGGGAUCGUCGGGGAAACAUUGUUUCAUAAAGCUCUUUAUUAGGAUGCCCGAUUCGACUAAGUUCACUUCGUGCACCGUGAACGAACUCCGAAACCCCGAUUCAAAUCAUGGCAAGAACAAGAUACAAACAUGUAUAAUCACAUUUGUUCAUAACAUUAUAUUGGGCCCAGCACAACACAGCACGAAUGCUCACAUUGAGCAUCGAAAUCGACUCUCUGAAAUCUUCACGACCAUUAGCGAUCAUAUC